ACAAAGCAGUUGAACAGCACCGAAGUGUAUACUUUGGGGGCGCCGUGAUCAGAGGAUUCCCUUUCCCGGGAACUUGCGUCUAGUCCUCUGACGCAUCCUAGUUCGGAGUGGGUGGAAGGGCAUGUGGAGGCCACAGCGCCCCCUCGCCCUAGGCGGGGUGGAGACAGCGAGACGACGCCCAUGAUCAGCCGGUUACAAAACUCGAGGAAUAAGAAGUUUAAUAUCUAUUAGUCUGCAAAUCCGGAGACCUUGCGGCCUCACUGUUCUUCCUUCCCUCUGAGCUAUCUCCACACCCAGCCUUGGAUCAGAGGGGAUUUAGAAGCAGAGCUGUCCGCAGCGAAUACUUUUAAUGCCCAGGCCGGGAAGAAAGCGGGUUAGGAUCUGAUCCCGCUGAAUAGAGGACCCAGGAGCCUCCCGCCCCGGGUGCUCUGUAGUGCGGGGGCGCGCUGCGCGCUGCGCGCUGCGCCUGGGCGGCUGGCGGCGGCGGCGUGGGGGCGGUGAUGCAGGUGUGACACCGGCCGGCUACUGCCUCCGCCCGGAUCGCCCAGCGCCGCGUUAGCCGGAGCUGCACGCGGGGCAACCGGGGUGGAAGCUGCUCUGCCUGCAUCCGGAGGCGUCCGCCAGCGGAUUUCCCACCCAGGGCAUAACCUUCGGUGGCAGGACAAACCAGGCCAGCACGCAGUCUGCCAAGUCCCUGUCAAGAAAAGCAGCUAGAUCCAUUUCUAAUCAACACUUCCCAACACAACGCUUCUGAGUCUCUAAAGGAGACCAGAGCUUGAAACUUUCCAGACUUCCAAUAGAUAUCGAGUGCAAAAGGAUAUUUAGGUUGUCUUCGCACAAAUCUGGUUGAUUUGAGAGAUAAAGGGGGGAGAAAACGAGUGUGACUUUCACCUAAGAAGUCACAUGAACAUAUUUCACAUUUGAACUACAUAAUGAAUGAUGGUUAUUGAAAUAGCCCAAACCUCUACCACAGAGCGAGGGAUAUAGCUCAAGUGGCAACCAAGCAGUUGCAGAACCAAGGAAUGGAUGACUACAAGUAUCAGGACAACUAUGGGGGCUAUGCCCCCAGUGAUGGCUAUUACCGUGGCAAUGAGUCCAACCCAGAAGAAGAUGCACAGAGUGAUGUCACCGAAGGUCAUGAUGAGGAAGACGAGAUCUAUGAGGGCGAGUACCAGGGUAUCCCUCACCCAGAUGAUGUCAAGGCCAAGCAGGCCAAGAUGGCGCCCUCCAGAAUGGACAGCCUUCGGGGCCAGACAGACCUGAUGGCUGAGAGGCUGGAAGAUGAGGAGCAGUUGGCCCACCAGUACGAGACCAUCAUGGAUGAGUGUGGCCAUGGCCGCUUCCAGUGGAUCCUCUUUUUCGUCUUAGGUUUGGCCCUGAUGGCCGAUGGAGUGGAAGUGUUCGUGGUGAGUUUUGCCCUGCCCAGUGCAGAGAAGGACAUGUGUCUGUCCAGUUCCAAAAAAGGAAUGCUAGGGAUGAUAGUCUACUUGGGAAUGAUGGCGGGGGCCUUCAUCCUGGGAGGCCUGGCUGAUAAGCUGGGAAGGAAGCGAGUCCUCAGCAUGUCUCUGGCCGUCAAUGCCUCCUUCGCCUCCCUCUCUUCUUUCGUGCAGGGAUAUGGAGCCUUCCUCUUCUGCCGACUCAUCUCAGGCAUAGGUAUUGGGGGUGCUCUGCCAAUUGUUUUUGCCUAUUUUUCUGAAUUCUUGUCUCGGGAGAAGCGAGGAGAACACCUCAGUUGGCUGGGCAUCUUCUGGAUGACUGGGGGCCUCUACGCAUCUGCCAUGGCCUGGAGCAUCAUUCCACACUAUGGCUGGGGCUUCAGCAUGGGGACCAAUUACCACUUCCAUAGCUGGAGAGUGUUUGUCAUCGUCUGUGCUCUGCCCUGCACUGCGUCCAUGGUGGCCCUGAAGUUCAUGCCAGAGAGCCCACGGUUUCUGCUAGAGAUGGGAAAACAUGACGAAGCCUGGAUGAUUCUCAAGCAAGUCCAUGACACCAACAUGAGAGCUAAGGGGACCCCAGAGAAAGUGUUCACGGUUUCCAACAUCAAAACUCCCAAGCAAAUGGAUGAAUUCAUUGAGAUCCAAAGUUCAACAGGAACCUGGUACCAGCGCUGGCUGGUCAGAUUCAAGACCAUUUUCAAGCAGGUCUGGGAUAAUGCCUUGUACUGUGUGAUGGGGCCCUACAGAAUGAAUACACUGAUUCUGGCCGUGGUUUGGUUUGCCAUGGCAUUAAGUUACUAUGGACUGACAGUUUGGUUUCCUGAUAUGAUCCGCUAUUUUCAAGAUGAAGAAUACAAGUCUAAAAUGAAGGUGUUUUUUGGUGAGCAUGUGUAUGGCGCCACAAUCAACUUCACGAUGGAAAAUCAGAUCCACCAACAUGGGAAACUUGUGAAUGAUAAGUUCACAAGAAUGUACUUUAAACAUGUACUCUUUGAGGACACAUUCUGUGAGUGCUAUUUUGAAGAUGUAACAUCAACUGAUACCUACUUCAAAAAUUGUACCAUUGAAUCAACCAUCUUUUAUAACACAGACCUCUACGAGCAUAAGUUCAUCAACUGUCGGUUUAUCAACUCCACCUUUCUGGAGGCAAGAAGGAGAGGCUGCCACAUGGACUUGGAGCAAGAUAAUGACUUCCUGAUUUACCUCGUCAGCUUCCUGGGCAGCCUGUCUGUCUUACCCGGAAGCUUAUCAUUUCUGCCCUGCUCAUGGAUAGAAUCGGAAGGCUCAAGAUGAUUGGUGGCUCCAUGUUAAUCUCUGCAGUCUGCUGCUUCUUCCUGUUUUUGGCAACAGUGGAGUCUGCGAUGAUCG